UCGACUUCUUCCGCGUUUACCUGAAGCUCCAAAAAUAGGAGGGAGUUUUACAUCUGGGUGUAUUCCAGUGAGUAAAACAGGGCAUAAACAAACCAGCAUAUUGCGUCCUUUCAUUGAUCAUUGCUAAAAAAAAAAACAGAAGAGAAAGGGAAAUGAGCUGAAAAGACGGACAAAGUUCAACUUUACAGGAAGAAAAGUCGCGUCAACUUUACACUUCCUUUAAGUUUGCUGAAGUUGCCACCUGGUCGUUUGCAAUGGGCUGUUGUAGCAGCACAGAGGGCAAGCGUGACUGGAAACCACUGGAGGAGCGCAGCUGCACGGACAUCCCAUGGCUCAUCAUCUUCAUUUUGUUUUGCUUUGGGAUGGCCUGUAUCUGUGGCUACCCCAUCGCCACAGGAGGUGCUUCCAGGCUCAUCUCAGGAUACGACAGUUAUGGCAACACUUGCGGCCGGAAGAAUUACCAGAUUCAGGGAGUCACCCUCAGCGGCCGGGACAUGACAGAAAACAAGUAUGUUUUCUUUUUAGACCCUUGCAACCUUGACCUCAUUAACAGGAAGAUCAAGUCCAUCGCCCUCUGCGUCUCCAAGUGUCCAAAUUCAGAACUGAAGACUUACAGCGAUUUAAAGCAGUUUGCCUUGAAUAAUGGAUCUGAGCUCUGCUCCUAUGAUAUCUCUGCCACAAGAUACCCAAGCCAUACAGAAAGAUUCACUAAAUGCCCCAAACUACCUGUCCCACCAAGUAAAGCUGUGCCAGUGUUCCACCGCUGUAUCCCUGUGGACGUCGGCUGCUAUGCUGAAUUUGCACAGGCUUUCAUCACAUUCGUUGGGGACAACAGCGUGCUGCGACGAGUCAUUGCAGGAGUGAUGGCCAGCAAGGAGAUCAUCAUGGGCCUUUGUGUGCUGGCUCUUGCUCUGUCGCUGAUCAUGAUGGUCGUCAUACGUUACAUCUCCAAAGUUCUGGUGUGGAUCCUCACGGUUCUGGUCAUCAUUGGCUCUAUUGGUGGGACUGGCAUCCUCUGGUGGCUCUAUGUUGACCACAGGAACGCUGCUAAUAAUAACACAUUAUCAGUGUUUGGGAAAGAAGUGGCCUCAGACAAUGUUAAGGCCCUGCUCGUUUAUUCAAUUGGUGCCACAAUCUUCACAGUAGUCCUCUUGAUAAUAAUGUUCUUCAUGAGGAAGCGUGUGGCCCUCACCAUCUCCCUGUUCCAUGUGGCCGGUAAAGUGUUCAUCCACCUUCCCCUGCUGGCUCUGCAACCUUUUUGGACCUUCCUCUGCCUCAUGCUUUUCUGGGUCUACUGGAUCGCUGUGCUGCUCUUCCUUGGGACGGCAGGCACACCGAUAAAGAACAACGCUACAGAUGCGGUUGAAUACCACAUGCAGGGGCCUCUUCAAUACCUGGUUUGGUAUCACGCUGUGGGUCUCAUCUGGAUCAGCGAGUUCAUUCUUGCCUUCCAGCAGAUGACCAUUUCUGGAGCUGUGGUCACCUACUACUUCACAAGGAAUAAGUCCCAGAUGCCAGCAACUCCUAUCCUGUCCUCCAUGGUACGCACCAUCCGCUACCAUCUUGGGACUAUUGCCAAAGGCUCCUUCAUCAUCACGCUUGUUAAGAUCCCUCGCCUCAUCCUGACGUACAUCCACACCCAGCUCAAAGGAAAGGAGAACGCCUGUGCUCGCUGCAUGCUGAAAGCCUGUGUCUGCUGUUUGUGGUGUCUGGAGAAAUGUCUUGCAUACCUAAAUCAAAAUGCAUACACAGCUACAGCCAUCAACAGCACCAGUUUCUGCACCUCUGCCCGCGAGGCCUUCCUCAUCCUGGUAGAGAACGCUCUCCGGGUAGCCGCCAUCAACACUGUGGGCGACUUUGUCCUCUUCUUGGGGAAGGUGCUCAUCGUCUCUUGCACAGCCUUUGCCGGCAUCUUGGCUUUGAACUACCAGAGAGAAUACACAGUAUGGGUCCUUCCUCUCCUCAUCGUCUGUCUAUUUGCCUUCCUGGUGGCCCACUGCUUCCUCUCCGUCUUUGAAAUUGUGGUUGACGUCCUCUUCCUCUGCUUUGCUGUGGACGCAAAGUAUAACGAUGGCAGUCCAGGGCGCGAGUACUACAUGGACAAGGCUUUAAUGGAAUUUGUUGAGAACAGUAAGAAAAUGGGGCAGUACAAACCUGAGGAUGGAGAUAAACGGGAGAUGAAGGCCAUGGCACGUGGAGGGACUGUAGCCUGACCAAGCUUCGCAAAGACUACAAAAUCCCUACAAAACACACCAAAGCUUAUCAUGUCACUCCAGAGACAGCAGUAAGAUAACAGCAGAUUAUCGAGAUGAUGUAAUUACUUUCAGAACAAAAAACAUUGAAUUGAAUUUUUAUAUUUUGAGGGACUGUAAGUUGAAAGUUUGACACUAAUAUCCUGACAAAUGUUAAUAUAAUUUUUUUUUUUUUUUUUUUUUAAUAAGAUGGAUUUGCAAGCUUUUUGUCUAGAUAACUGGAUUGUUCUUUUUUUAAUAGGAUUGAAAUUAUAUGAACAGUGAAAUAUUUUCUGUUGCAUUUGUCAGUAACUAGUCAGUUACUUGUUUGGUGUAUAUUUUGUAGUGUAAAGCUAACUACGUUUUGUAAAAGGCUGUUUAUGUUGUUUUAUCACUUCUUAAAAUUUUAUACUAAAAAACAUGAAAACAGAAUUUUAAUUGUUGUUUUUUUUAUCAUCUAUAAACCACACAAAGAGCAGAUCAGAUGUCACUCAUAGGUUUAUUUUCCUACCACAGAGGGCUUCUCUAAGCUUCAGCUAAGCUAUCAAAUCAUAGUUAUUCCCAGUGGGGAUACAACUAUUAAAUCCUGGCAGUUACACAAUAUAACAUACACAUCUAUGUCAGCAGAGAGUGGAAAUUAGUAUUUAGUUAAUCAUAUGAACAUGUAAAGAGGGUUUAUUUCUUUAAGUGCAGCCCUUUACUGCAUGUCAUUCUUCACUUUCUCUGCCCAGUUUGCUACUCUAUCAGCUGUCCUAUCCUCAAUAAAUUGGGCAUAAAAAGUUGCCUGGCAGCCUCUAUCAGGAAGCACCAAAAGAUACAUUUAUCUUGUUUUUUAGAAAACAAAAAAACGAUUCAGUACUUUGGUGGAGCAAUUUCCUACAUAUACUAUCCAUCAAGUUUAUUUUUAAAAUCUCAGGGGACGCAGACAUAGAUACAUGAGUGAUAUGCAGAACAGGACACAAAAACAGUUGAAAACUAAAUCUAAAAAUGUCAUUUAGUGUUGAAAGAUAUGUUCUUUUCAGUCUUAUCAUUCUUCAUCUUCAGGCUUUAAGUUAAAGUUUGGGACCAAAUUUGAAAUAUUAACCUUUUUUAACCAUUUACCACACUUCUGAUUUGAUCCGCUGAUUCAAAUUGAACCAAAGCUCACUUUUAACCACCAGAGGGCAGCAGAUCCUUUAAUAUGGAUGUCAAUAGUUUGCAGGAUGUAUCCACUCUAAAUGUCAUGCCUUUGAUUUGUAUUAAAGAAACUUUGCUUUUAACAUCGUAACUUAACUUUGAACUCCCUGAAUCUACUGAAAAAUAAUGAAUUAUUUUGACACUGAAUGUGUUUUCACUAAAUGGAAGUCACCUCAUUUAACCAACCAAAUUGAGAUCUUCUGAGAGGAGAUGAAACCUUAUUGAAGUAGUAGGUAACUCCUGAAUUACUGCAAAUAUGCUUUAAAAAAUGACUUUUUAUAAAUGUGUUAUCAAACAUCUUUUUUGUGGACACUGCAGUGUUGUAAAUAGUCAUUUUGGAGGGAUGUGUAAAAGAUAUUUUUGUGCCACAAAUUUUAAAUAUACAUAAUCUCUGUAUUCAAUAAGUAAGGCAAAUUCUUUGUCCAUAAUAAAAUGUAACAUUUCAGAAGUGAA